AUGGCACGACGAAAAUAUGUCUUACAUGCCUCUGGAACUGAUCGAGCAAAAUCAGAUAUGGCUCAAAUUAAUGCACGAAAAACUCCAAGAACUAACUCAAUAACAACACGUGUUAAAUGGUUUAUGUCACAGUUUCUUCCUGUCACCGCUGCAGCAGCUGCGCGUAUUUUAUUUGCUAUACAUGGCAUAGCAGCUAUAUGGCGAGUAGCUCUAGUCUAUAAACAAAACAAGUAUUGGUUUCAAGCUAUAACGCUUUUUGGCAUACCCAUUGAAUUUUUCGUUACACUUUAUGCGAAUAAUGGUCAUGAAUGGAAAUGGUUUUGCCCAUCGGUAUUCUUUUAUUUAUGUACAGUUAUACCGAGUGUAUGGUUUCUUGAACUUGACUUAGCCGAAAGGCGAUCACAUUUUAAUGUUACACAAGCACUUGGAUUAAUUCCUAUAGCACAAGGAAAUGUUAACAUUGACAAUGAUGAUACAUUACCGCUUGUUCCAUGGAAGAUUCCAGCUGAAAUGUGGACACAAAUUGUUGAACAAACUCUUCUGCUUGUUCUUAUUAUAGGACGUUGGCUAUUACCUGUUGGGAAAACGAUGACUCGCGAUCAACUUUCUCAAUUAUUACUGGUUUAUAUUGGAACAGCCGCGGAUAUUAUUGAAUUAUUCGAAGCGUUUAAAGAACCUGGCGUUCAACGUAAUUUAACAAUUGUUCAUCUUAUAUUAGUAGCAUGGUCAAUCAGUUUAAUGCAAUUUACACUUGUUGUCACAGCAACAAAAUCACGUAAAAAUCUUUCUACUGAUGUUAAAUCAAAAGAUUCGAAAGAAUUAAAAAAAUGUUUUAAUUGUCAAUUAUUUUGGGAAACAGAACUAUGGGCACUUUCAACAACAAUACUUUUACAAGAUGGUCCAUUUCUCUGUCUUCGUCUUGGCUUAAUAAUUCAUUAUAAAAUUAUUUCACAAUCCAAUGUAUUUUUUACAACAAAAAAUUUUCUUGUUGUUCUUUUACAACUUUAUCGUGUUUAUGUCAUUAUAAUUGAACAUAAAAAACGUCAACAACUAACACUUUUAAAUGCGAAAAAGCAACAGCACCAAUUAUCUACUUUGCUUAAAAGACCAGUAACGAAACGACACACAAAAAUAGGCGGAAAUUUUACGAAAUCAACUAACAGUUUAGCUGCAGCAUCAUACUCAACGACAAAUCUUCGUCCAUUAAGUUUUCGUGAUGAAAUUGAUUCAAGUGGAAAUACAGAUCCUUUGCCACGGCGAAAACAUUCACCAGACUCAUUUCGAAUUCCACCACCAUUGCCAGAACCUCGACCAACGAUGCCGCACUCCAAAUCACUAAUAACUGAUAGUUUAACUUGUCCACAAAUGUGUACUGAAGUAUAA